AUGGACGAAGGAGGCAAGCGAAAACACAGCUUCAGGCAGCAGCCGAACAAGAGGGCCAAGGCCGAGGAUGGCAGCGCACUCAAAUCAGGCUUUGGUGCGAAGAUGCUGGCCAAGAUGGGUUACAAGGGUGAGGGAGGUCUAGGAAAAGAGGGAGGCGGUAUCUCGGAGCCUAUCCAGGUCGUCAACCGCGGCACCAAGGGCGGUAUCGGUAUAGUAGCAGAGAAGAGCGAGCAGCAACGGCGGGAGGAGCGUCGCAAGGCCGAAGCAAACGGAGAGAAGUAUGUCGACACUUCAGAAGAGGAGCGUGAGGAGAGGAAGAAGAAGAAGGCCAAGGCACGGGGCGAGACGCGAGCAUCAGCUCCUCGACCGAAGAAGACUGUUUUCGAGCUCGAAGCAGCUGGCAUGCAUGUACCGCUUGCACUGCAGUCCAUUAUCGACGCGACGACCGGCACGUCCACUCCAACUUCAGGCGUGUCCCUGCGCGGCCCUGACAUCGUCCCAUUCGAAAACUCUCUGCAAGCACGCGUACGCAGAGACUUGAACAGUUUUUCCGAAGCAUUCGAACAGCUGCAGGUCGAGUCGCAGGCCAUUCCCCCACAGGAAUAUGCGCUUCAGAAGGAGCUGGAAGCGCUCGAAAAGCAUAUGGACGAGUUGGAGGAUCUACAAGCACGCAUCGAAUCUCUGCGUACAGGCACGUUUGAUGUUGUCUGCGAAGGGCUGAAGAAUCUGCGCGCUGCCUACCCAUCGAAGCCGCUACACCGCGAAUCGAUCGCCGUUAUACAUCCACACUUCUCCAAAGCUAUCGCGUCCUGGGAGCCACUUGAGGAUGCGUUGGAGGGCAUGGCCGCGGCUUUCUCAGAAAUGGCAAAUAUCAUACAGCCCAGAAGUAGGAGAGUUGCUUCUCAAGCUUAUACCCACCCUUCAGAAGCACUGGCCAGCCGCAACUCAGCCGACGAAGAGGAUACGAUAAAGCGUGGCACUACGUCGUCAUAUGAGUCCAUGAUGCUCAAAUACUGGCUACCAGCAGUAAGCUCCGCUGUAACACAGUGGGAUGUCAAGAACCCACAGCCCAUGGUGCAUUUAGUCGAAGUCUGGAAGCCAGUCUUACCACCAUUCAUUGCCAAGCGGGUGCUGGAACAAAUCACACAAAAGCUUUCCACCUCAAUUCAGGAGUGGAAUCCUCGAAAGUUCAAGAGAAGCCCACACACAUGGGUUGUGGAAUGGCUGCCUUUCCUCAAGCCAACUGAUCUAGACCCCAAGGGAUCAGGUUUAGUUGCUGAAAUCAAACGCAAGAUCCGACAUGCACUACAGUCCAUCGACCUCUCCAAAGGCCCGUUGCCAGGGAUGGACCAGUGGAGGAGAGUGUUUGGAAAGGGCGAGUUUGACCAUCUACUUACCUCCCAUCUAGUACCGCGUUUGGCGACCUACCUACGAGACAAUUUUGACAUCAACCCCGCUGAACAAGAUCUGGCACCACUCGAGGCCGUUUUCGCUUGGAGAGGACUGAUAUCAAAUGAAGUCAUUGGAGAACUAUUAAAAGCACAGUUCUUCCCCAAGUUUCUCGAAAUCGUCCACCAAUGGCUCACGAGUCCCGAAGUUGUCUUUGAAGAGGUCCAGGCGUGGCUUGCGUGGUGGCGGAACGAGAUCUUGCAGGACGAAAUCAACAACCUGCCUUCCGUGGCCUCGUCCUGGAAUGAAGCAUACUCGCUCAUCGGUACCGCACGGGAUCUUGGCGACGCAAGAUUGACACAUCUACCAGCGCCUCACGUCGAGAGUACGAGAGUCUCCCCAGAACCAUCCCAGUUCUCCAAGUCCGUUAAUAAGGAACCACCUCGUCCUGCGCCACAAGUCGAGGAGACAACAUUCAAGGAUAUGGUAGAGGAAUUCUGCGCUGAAGAGAACCUGCUGUUGAUACCACUUCGUGAAGCUCACGACCAGACUGGUUUGCCCCUUUUCCGCAUCACCGCAAGCGCGACUGGACGAGGAGGCGCAGUGGCGUAUCUCAAGGGCGAUGUUCUGUGGGUGCAGAACAAGAAAGAUAAGACCAUGUGGGAGCCUACCGGUUUGGAUGAAGCCCUCACCGCUAAGGCAGAGGGCAAGUGA